AUGCAGGUGAUUCAGUCUGAGAAAUCAGUUUCUGUCUCUGCUGGAGAGUCAGUCACUCUGAACUGCCCUGUGACUGCCCUCUACCCUGUGGGACCCAUUAUAUGGUUCAAGGGUGUAGGGCACAAUCGGAAGCUUAUAUAUCCUUUCACAGAAGAGACGUUUCCAAGAGUCACAAAUGUUACAGAUACUUCAAAGAGAAAAAUCUUUUCCAUCCGCAUCAGUCAUGUCACACCCGCUGAUGCUGGUACCUACUACUGGGUGAAGAUACAAAGAGGAAACCUUGACAAGGAGUUUCGAUCUGGGGGCGGCACCGAGUAGUAUGUGCAUGCUAAACCAUCUCUUCAUGUAGUCUUAGACCCUGUAGCCAGAGCUCCACAUGAAGAGACUGUUAGCUUCACAUGCAAAUCUAUUGACUUCUCUCCUCAGAACAUCACAGUGAAGUGGUUCAAAGACAGAAAUGAGAUUCAAUUUUGUAUCAAGGACCCCCUUGAUGACCAAACUCCUGUGAACCCUGAAGGAAAAAGCAACACCUGCAGCGUCUUCAGCACAGUCCAGGUGGCCCUGGGUGCUAUUUCGGUUGAGUUGGUAAACAAGGAUGGAACCUAUAACUGGACCAGCUGGGUCCUGGUGAACACAUCUGUCCAUGAGGAAGACUUGGUACUCACCUGCCAGGUGGAGCAUGAUGGACUGGCACCAGUCCUAAAAUCCCAUACUGUGGUGGUCCAUGCACAGCAGAAGGGGCAAGCUUUUCCUGUGAUUUUGAAGAUUGAUUCUAUCAAUGUCCAAGGACACUCUCCCAUGCAUCAUCCUAAAAUUCCCUAA